CAUGACUAUGUCUCAGUUGCUGGAUCAUGUGGCAAUUUUGUUUUUCUGUGUCUUAAAAGCCAGCUCUCUGGAUACGUUUACUGCAGCUGUUUAUGAGCAUGCAGUGAUAUUGCCUAAUGCCACCCUGAUACCGGUGUCCCAUGAAGAGGCCUUGCUAUUAAUGAACCAAAAUCUGGAUCUUUUGGAGGGAGCAAUCACAUCAGCAUCAAAGCAGGGUGCACAUAUUAUUGUGACUCCAGAAGAUGGUAUUUAUGGCUUUAACUUCAGCAGGGAAUCUAUCUACCCAUACUUGGAGGAUAUCCCAGACCCUCAAGUGAACUGGAUCCCUUGUAAUAAUCCUGACAGAUUUGGCCGCACCCCAGUGCAAGAAAGGCUCAGCUGUCUGGCCAAGGACAACUCCAUCUACAUCGUGGCAAAUAUUGGGGACAAGAAGCCAUGCAAUACCAGUGACCCUCACUGUCCCCCUGAUGGUCGUUACCAAUACAACACUGAUGUGGUGUUUGAUUCUGAGGGGAAACUGGUGGCCCGCUACCAUAAGCAAAAUCUUUUCUUGGGUGAAGAUGAGUUCAAUGCUCCCAAGGAACCUGAGGUCGUGACUUUCAACACCACCUUUGGAAAGUUUGGCAUUUUCACGUGCUUUGAUAUUCUCUUCCAUGAUCCUGCUGUGACUCUGGUGAAAGAUUUCCACGUGGACACCAUACUCUUCCCGACAGCUUGGAUGAAUGUUUUGCCACAUUUGUCAGCUAUUGAAUUCCACUCAGCUUGGGCUAUGGGCAUGGGAGUCAACUUCCUUGCAUCCAAUCUACAUUACCCCUCAAAGAAAAUGACAGGAAGUGGCAUCUACGCACCUGAUUCUCCAACAGCAUUUCAUUAUGAUAUGAAGACAGAGGAGGGAAAACUCCUCCUCUCCCAACUGGCCUCCCACCCACACCCCACAGCAGUAGUGAAUUGGACUUCUUAUGCCAGUGGUAUAGCAGCCCCCUCAAUGGGAAACCAGGAAUUUAAGGGCAUCAUCUUUUUUGACGAGUUCACCUUCUUGGAGCUCAAAGGAGUCGCAGGAAAUUACACAGUUUGUCAGAAAGAUCUCUGUUGUCAUCUAAGUUACAGGAUGUCUGAGAAGAGAUCAGAUGAAGUUUAUGUACUAGGGGCAUUUGAUGGACUACAUACUGUGGAAGGGAGCUAUUAUUUACAGAUUUGUACUCUGUUGAAGUGUAAAACAACGGACUUACACACUUGUGGUGAUUCAGUUGAAACUGCUUCCACCAGGUUUGAAAUGUUCUCCCUCAGUGGCACUUUUGAAACCCAGUAUGUCUUCCCUGAGGUGCUGCUGAGUGGAAUUCAGCUUGCACCUGGAGAAUUUCAGGUGUCAAGUGACGGACGCUUGUGCAGCCAGAAGCCACUAUCUGGACCUAUCUUGACAGUAACUCUGUUCGGAAGGUUAUAUGAGAAGGAUAGUUCACCAAAUGCUUUCUCAGACCUCAUGGCACAGAUCAUUUAAGUGGAUGUGAAAAGAAGAAUGGGUCUGGGAUUUUGAUAAUAGUGGUCAUGGUCUAUCAUAUCAGUGAAUUACUAAUACACUUUUUCUUUUGUUUAGACAAAUACACACACCCACACCCACACACGACAAUAUAAGCCAGAUAAAUAGUGAAAGAAUUUUGAAAGGUAAAAUCUGUAAAAUGAGAACAACAAUUAUACCCACCUGUUAGGUUUUUUUGGUGAGAAUUAAAUAAGUUACUGCAGUUAAAGUGCUUAGACAAAUUCCCAGCUCAUGGAAAGCACUCUGUAUAUGUUAGCUAUUACAAUGAUAUAGGACUAUCACAGAAAAACCAACUGUGAUGUAUUUAUUGCUAAAAUUAUAUCACCUCUGAUUGUACAAAGUGCAUAAAUUUUCCAACAGUUCAGCCACUCUGCAUAUUUCAGUUAGAAAAUCAAUGAACUCAACAUCAGCCAGUUGGGUGUGGCUUGAUAUCUAGCACUAAGGUAUCUCAGAAGGCAGCUGGGCUUACAUCUAGGAAUCUGCUCAAGAGCCUUAAUGUUUUUUAUGUGCUUUUCAGUGGUGAUUUCCUGCCUAUUUAGUGCUUUGCCUAUCUUGUCAACCUGUAAGCAAGCUAAUAGGGUGGCUCUAAAAUAGACAUUUAUCAAAUCUGGCCUGUUAUUCUGUUUUUGUA